UGCUCCUCAAUCAAACUGAGUUACACACCCACAGGGGUUGAGCCAAGCGAAAAGGAGAGCAAGAGAGAGGCAGAGCGAGAGAGAGAGACAGAAAGAGUAAAAAGAAAACAAAAAACGGGAAGUUCUAGUAGAAAGUUAGGGAAGCUUUUUUUUGUGCCUCAACUGUUAGGCUACGUGUUGACUUAUCGCAGCAUGGCUGGUGGCUCGGUUUCGGAGUGUAAGGAGUAUUUGUUCAAAGUGUUGGUAAUUGGAGAGUUGGGUGUGGGAAAGACCAGCAUCAUUAAGCGAUAUGUCCAUCAGCUCUUUUCUCAGCAUUACAGGGCAACAAUCGGCGUCGAUUUUGCCCUCAAAGUCAUUAACUGGGACAGCAAAACACUGGUUCGCCUGCAGCUAUGGGACAUUGCAGGUCAGGAGCGUUUUGGGAAUAUGACCAGGGUGUACUACAAAGAGGCGGUGGGAGCGUUUGUGGUGUUUGACGUUACGCGUGGCUCCACGUUCGAGGCCGUUUCCAAGUGGAAACACGACCUGGACAGCAAAGUGAAACUGGCCAAUGGGAGCCCGAUUCCUGCCGUCCUCCUGGCCAAUAAAUGUGACCAGAAAAAAGACGGCUCCAGCAACGCCUCCCAGAUGGACAACUUCUGCAAGGAGACGGGUUUCCUGGGUUGGUUCGAGACUUCUGCGAAGGAGAACAUAAAUGUGGAUGAAGCUGCUCGUUUCUUGGUGGAGAACAUUCUGCUCAACGAUAAAGGCCUUCCGUACGAGGAGAGCAACGGCGAUCGGAUCAAGCUCGACCAAGAGACUGUUCCCGCUGAAAGCAAGUCUGGGUGCUGCUAGCGAUGGAACCGACUGUCCACCCGUUAAAAAUAAGGGGUAGCAGCCAAGGACUGAGCC